AUGCAUGAAGAGUCCAGCGUUGCGCUUCCGAAUGACGACAUGGGCAUUGAAACUGGCAUGGGCAUGGAUGAGGAUCUGGAACAGAGGUUCCCUAGUGUCUCGGUAAAAGUCACCACCGCCGGACAGUCUAUCAUCUGUCGUCUUGCUCCUGGCCAGUGGCUCAACGACAAUACCAUCAAUACCGCUCUAUCUCGCCUCGCCUCCGACAGUGUCGGUGUCAUCGGAAGCCUCUCUGUCUGCGCAAUCCCAUCGCCUCGCCUUGUUGAACGGCUCAACAGCACCUUCACCACCAAGCCUGCUGUCCUCAUUCCGAGAGCGCCUGGGACUCUGGAUGUGUUUGAUUCUUGUCGUAACAUGCCCGACACCACCACUGAGGUGGUCAAGCAGUUCGUCAAGGCUGUUUCCAAGGCCGGCGAUAUGGAGUGCUCACAACAGGCAAACGCCUUUGAAUUCGGCGUUUUCAUCAUCCAGUUUGCACACCUGAUCGCCUCGGGAAAAGACCCCGCAACCUCGAUCGUCCUGUUCGACUCGGAAUCGCUCGACCUCUCCUCCGACAAAGUCCAGCCUGAGAUCCUUGACCUGGCUACCCACAUCCAACUCCUCCGCCAUGGGAUUCACACUCUUCAUCUCCGCCAGAAGUCGAGCAUCGCCGAGGCCACCAAGACCCAACCUCUUGAGAGUAUGCCCGCUUUUCUUGGGAUUGCGAAUCUGCGGGGGUAUGUAGGCCAACGCGAAUCUGUAGCGGGUAAGUUUGGUCCUGAGGAUUGUCUCUCCAUGCCUGAGGCUAUUAGACCAGUCUUGAAGAUCAUCAGCAAGAUGGAGGCUGGUAUGCAGAUUGCCCGUCGAAGGUUCCAAGCUCGUUAUGGGGAGUGUAUUGUCUUGUUUUUGGUGUUGCGAUACGCUCGCAAGAAGUUCGAUGUUCUGCAGAUGAAACUAGCCACGGUUCGAAAGUGA